AUGAACCCUAAGAAAUGUGCUUUCGGCGUCACCGCCGGGAACUUUCUCGGUUUCUUGGUUCACCAACGAGGGAUCGAUGUAGAUAAAAAUAAAGCCACGGCCAUUAUGGCAGCACCCCCGCCAAGGACCAAGAAGGAACUCCAGUCCUUCCUCGGUAAGGUCAACUUUUUAAGACGGUUCAUAUCCAAUUUGGCAGGAAAAAUCCGGCCGUUGACUCCUCUGCUCAAACUGAAAGACACGGAGCGGUUCGUGUGGGGGGCAGAACAUCAAGCGGCCCUCGACGACAUCAAGCAAUAUUUAUCUCAACCACCAGUCCUUAUGCCGCCGAAAAGAGGGAAACCCUUGAGGCUUUACAUUUCGGCUUCAGAAGGCUCUAUCGGUUGUUUGCUGGCCCAGAACAACGAGUCUGAGCGAGAACAAGCAGUGCACUGUCUGAGCCGCACCCAUAACAUGGCCGAGCUAAACUAUUCACCGAUCGAGAAAUUAUGCUUGGCACUUUAUUUCGCGGCCACCAAGUUGAGCCAUUAUAUGCUUCAUUCGGUCGUUCAGAUCAUCUCCAAGAUCGACCUCAUCAAAUACAUGCUCACUCGGCCGAUGAUACGCGGCCGGAUCGGGAAGUGGACGAUGGCAUUGUCCGAAUUCACCUUCAAAUAUGUGGCUCAGAAGUCGGUCAAAGGCCAGGCAUUGGCCGAUUUCUUGGCCCACCACCCGGCUCAAGGGCAAGAGGAGGAGUUGGAGGUUGAGAUCGGCAUGGCCCGCAUGGAGAAGAACUACCGGACCAUGGCUCCAGUCCCGAGACCAGAUCUGGGGCCGGAGUCGUGA